AUUUGCGGAAUGUGCGUCCAGGAGUGGGUCGCCGUUCUCUUUUUAUGAUAUCUGGUCUCUAAUGUUUUAAGCAGGAUAAAGACCACGACUUGAGAGCUCUGUCAGCACCAUAAAUGACUGCUGCUCUCACUGCAGUGCAGCUGCUUCUCGCCUGUCUGUGGACAGAGAUCUUUGUUUUGACUCUCAGCCCUUAACAUGUUUGGAAAUGAGAACAAAUGGCACAGAGCUUACGAUUGCACUUUGCAGCCCGAAGAAGCAACACUUACCCUUUGUCAGACAGCUCCGGAAAUGACCUGGAUGGCCAGCUUCACAUCUGCUUCCAAAGACCAGCACGGGUUUCCUCAACUAACGUUGUUCAGAUGAAGCUGAAUCCCAGACAGACUGCACCGGCUCCACUGAUAAAGGAGAGCGUGCAGGCUCAGGAAAGAGCCUGUGUUCCUUCACUUGAGAACGCCAGUAAGAAGAGCAGCUGCCUCCAGAUUUCACUGCAGCCCACGAGGUACAGUGAGUGUCUUCGGGCUGGCAGUGCAGUAGUGGAUGGUGACGAAGCUUUGUUUCCUUGUGCCGCGAAGGAGAGCAUCCACAGCAGUGCUGGGAGCGAUGGUAACCUCUUCAGCAGUCCUGCCGUCAGCAGUGGAAGCCUUGGUGGCUUUGCAGCCAGUGAUCCUGGGUCCUAUAGCAGCGUUGGAAGUGAUUAUGGAUCGUGUGCAAGCAUUGCCAGUGGAGGCUCCUACACCAACAGCGUUGUCAGUGACAGUAGUGGUUACGCUUUUCCGCCAAGCCGUGACACUUUUUUUGGUGGAAAUUUUUCUGCUGACAGCACCUCUGACAGGAAUGUGCCAAACAGGAAUACCACUCCCUGUGAGAGUUUUUCAAGAAGUCCAAGCACAGUUCCCUUUGUCCAGGCUGACGUGGAGCAUGGAAUCGAGACUGUGAAAUUGCCACUGAGCAGGAAUGCGAAAAUUCCACUAAAACGUUGCUCUUCUUUAGUCAUUUUUCCUCGGAGUCCCUCAGACACACCGCCAACUUCUCCUACAAGUACAGGUGUUCUCCCAAGCAAGGGGUCCUACCAAACCUCACAUCAGUUCAUCAUUUCUCCUAGUGAAGUCACACGUCACGAGGAUGGUUCCAGUGUGAAGGGAUUUCUUUCGACCGCUGUCAAUGGACUUCGAUUAUCUAAAACAGUCUGCACUCAUGGAGAAGUCAGAGAUACGCAGGCACUUCACGCAGGCUCAUCCCAGAAGAAAGUUGUGAUUUCAAAUAACGGUCAAAAACAGGCUGUUGGUGAAAAGUCAUCUGAAGGGUAUUCAUGUGUUUCAGUGCAUUUUGCCCAACAAAAAGCAGCCACAUUAGAUUGUGAAGCAACAAAUGGUGAUUGUAAACUGGAGAUGUCAGAAAUUCAGCUUAAUUCUGAUGCAGAGUGUGCCAAGCUUGGGCACAGGACGUCUGCCUAUUUACCAUCCACCCAACACAUGGAUUCCCAAAUAAAACGUAGUGCAGAAUUGGCACAAUCAAAUUCACAGUCAAACAAAAACUACACUCUCUUACAAAGAAGUAUGUCAUUGGGAGGAACUUACCCAAGUAUUUCCUGUUUAUCCAGCCUUAAACACAGUUGUUCUAAGGGGGGACCAUCGCAGUUACUCAUAAAGUUUUCAUCUGGAAAUGAAGGUGAAGUUGACAGUUUAUCAAGAGACAGCAUCAGCAAUUUCACAAAUGGACUAUCUAAUUCUUGCAAGACAAGAGAUGAUUUCCUAGGUCAAGUGGAUGUUCCUCUUUAUCCAUUGCCGACAGAGAAUCCAAGACUGGAGAGACCAUAUACAUUUAAGGACUUUGUUCUUCAUCCAAGAAGUCACAAAUCAAGAGUUAAAGGUUAUCUGAGAUUAAAAAUGACUUAUUUACCUAAAACCAGUGGCUUGGAAGACGAUAAUGCAGAACAGGCUGAGGAAUUAGAGCCUGGCUGGGUUGUUUUGGACCAACCAGACGCUGCUUCCCAUUUGCAGCAGCAGCAGGAGCCGUCUCCCCUCCCUCCAGGGUGGGAGGAGAGGCAGGAUAUCCUCGGGAGGACCUACUAUGUGAACCACGGGUCCCGGAGGACGCAGUGGAAGAGACCAACCCCCCAGGACGACCUCACAGACACUGACAGUGGUGACAUUCAGCUGCAAGCACAGCGCGCCUUUACCACUAGGCGACAGAUAUCCGAGGAAACAGAAAGCAGUGACAUCCGGGACUCCUCCGAGAACUGGGAGAUUAUAAGAGAGGACGAAGCUGCUGUGUCCAGCAGUCAGGCCUUCCUGCCACCUCCCCCACCAGGCCUCCUGGAUGUUCAGCCUCAUCUUGCAGAAGAAUUGAGUGCCAGGCUCACUGUCCAUGGAAAUUCAGCCGCCAACCAGCCAGCGUCCAGCUCAAAUCAUUCCAGCAGAGGCAGCUUGCAAGCCUAUACUUACGAGGAGCAGCCAGCGCUUCCUGUGCUUUUGCCUACUUCAUCUGGAUUACCACCGGGUUGGGAAGAAAAGCAAGAUGAAAGAGGAAGAUUGUAUUAUGUAGAUCACAAUUCCAGAACUACGACCUGGGCAAAGCCCACUGUGCAGGCCACCGGGGAAUCCAGCCCGCCAUCCUCUGGCCAGGGCUCUGCCGGUCCGCAACCCCCUGACAGUGAUGCAGCCCGGCCUCCAGCCCAACCCCCCGAAAUCCAGCAGGGACUCCUUCCCAAAGGCUGGGAAGUCCGGCAUGCGCCAAACGGAAGACCUUUCUACAUUGACCACAACACCAAAACCACCACCUGGGAAGAUCCAAGAUUGAAAAUUCCAGCUCAUCUCAGAGGAAAGGCACCACUGGAAUCUUCUGGUGAUCUGGGGCCUUUACCUCCAGGAUGGGAAGAGAGAACUCACACAGAUGGAAGAGUCUUCUACAUAAAUCACAAUAUAAAAAGAACACAAUGGGAAGAUCCUCGGCUGCAGAAUGUAGCAAUAACUGGACCAGCAGUGCCCUACUCCAGGGAUUACAAAAGAAAGUAUGAGUUCUUCCGAAGGAAGUUGAAAAAGCAGAACGACAUUCCAAACAAAUUUGAAAUGAAACUUCGCCGAGCAACUGUGCUGGAGGACUCUUACCGGAGGAUCAUGGCUGUGAAGAGAGCCGACUUCCUCAAGGCCCGGCUCUGGAUUGAGUUUGACGGCGAGAAAGGGUUGGAUUACGGAGGGGUAGCCCGAGAGUGGUUCUUCUUGAUCUCCAAGGAAAUGUUUAACCCUUAUUAUGGGUUGUUUGAAUAUUCUGCUACGGAUAAUUACACCCUACAGAUAAACGCAAACUCCGGGUUAUGUAAUGAAGAUCACCUCUCUUACUUCAAGUUUAUCGGCAGGAUAGCAGGGAUGGCAGUUUAUCAUGGCAAACUGUUGGAUGGUUUUUUCAUCCGCCCGUUUUACAAGAUGAUGCUACACAAGCCAAUAACGCUCCAUGACAUGGAGUCCGUGGAUGGUGAAUAUUAUAAUUCACUGAGAUGGAUUCUUGAAAAUGACCCAACAGAAUUGGACCUCAGGUUUAUCAUAGAUGAAGAACUUUUUGGACAGACACACCAACAUGAGCUGAAAAAUGGUGGCUCAGAAAUCAUUGUUACCAAUAAGAACAAAAAGGAAUAUAUUUACCUUGUAAUACAGUGGAGAUUUGUCAACCGAAUCCAGAAACAAAUGGCUGCUUUUAAAGAGGGAUUUUUUGAACUAAUACCACAGGAUCUCAUCAAAAUUUUUGAUGAAAAUGAACUAGAGCUUCUCAUGUGCGGGCUGGGAGACGUGGAUGUGAACGACUGGCGGGAGCACACCAAGUACAAGAACGGCUACAGCACGAGUCACCCGGUCAUACAGUGGUUCUGGAAGGCUGUUCUAAUGAUGGACUCAGAAAAAAGAAUACGAUUACUUCAGUUUGUCACUGGUACUUCCCGGGUGCCAAUGAACGGGUUCGCAGAACUGUAUGGCUCCAAUGGACCACAGCCCUUCACAGUGGAGCAGUGGGGCUCCCCAGAGAAGCUGCCCAGGGCUCACACCUGCUUCAACCGCCUGGACUUGCCACCCUAUGAAUCAUUUGAAGAACUGUGGGAUAAACUUCAGAUGGCGAUUGAAAACACUCAGGGUUUCGACGGAGUCGAUUAGAUUAUAAAUAACAAUCUAUGGUGUUUUUGCUGCCACGGUUUUAUAAACAAAAUUGUGACUGAAAAUUUUCCAGGGAAUUACUAAAACUCAGCCACUGAUUCUUCCCAUAUAUUGGAGAAAAUUGUUAAAACAUUAGCAGACAUAGUAUGACAGUCACUGUUAUUUCAGUCACUUCUAAGUAAUGUACAUUUAUACAGUUACUUCACCCUAUCCUUAGAGUUCGAGCUGUAGGACAUGCAUCCAGGUGCCUGCAGUAGUGAGUUUUGUCCUUAACAUUUACCUCUUACAGUAUUUGCCAGGCAGAUCUUCCUUAAACUACUGAAAUUAUGGCUGUGAAAUAGCUGUGAUAAAUGCCAUGUAAAAAGUUUGAUGAUUUUUGAGAAGGAAAACUGCAAUUUGGGAGAAAGUACUUUAAUUUUGAGUAAACUACAAUGUAUUUAGGGCUACUUGCAGCUAUUUAUUGUUUUGUAGACUUACCUACCGCACCUUACCUUACCCCAGAGUUUUGGAAAAACUUUGGAGACUGUAUUACCCAUCAUUUUAGUCUGUUCACUUGCAGAAAAGUUGCUCACUUCUUCACUUUAAAAGUAUUAAGCUUUCAUUAAUAUGAAGCUUUAGUAAACACGGCGGCUCCUGAGAUGUGGGGCAAAGUCGCAUUAAUGACGCAGUAUUAGAGCCUCCCUUUGCCUGACGCCGCGGCACACGCAGACCCACCGCCUGAGUUCAUGCAGUUUGCAUUUCUCCCUCAAACCCUCAGGUCUCACAGAGCGGCGUCUCCACCGCACCCAGGAGAGCAGGUCGGGGUUUAGUGCUCGCCCUUCCUGGUUGCUCCUAGUGAGUUCAUGUUUACAGGGUUUGUAUGUUUACAGGUGAAGCUCAUUUCUGUAGUUGCAUUUUUAUAUUUUUAGUAUCACUUUAGUAUAAAAAACUAAGUAAUUUGUUUAAAAUAGCCAAAGAAUAGUUAAAUGCAUAAUUUGUAUUAAAUUUGUUACCACAUUUCUUAUACUUUCUAAAAAGUACUGUUUACUAUGCAAAUGAUGGUGGUUUGUUACAGCUCCAGAGCCCUGUAGGUGAAAUGCCAUAGUGGAAGCAACCAGACCAGACAGAAGAGCAUCAGGUCUGGGCACGAACCCAGCCAGUGCUGCCAGGCCUGCCAUGCAGUGCUGUGCUAGGCCCUAAUGGCCGUGAAAACAGCUCAGUUUACCUCGAGGCACUUCCAAGUGCGUGAAGGAGCGUGUAAACAAUGCAAGGUAGAGUGAGCAGAACAAGGCAAAAGGCAAAGUUGGUUUUUGCUGGGGGGUUUCUGGUUUUGUUUUUGUUUUUUGAUGGGUCCUGGGGAUUGAGCCCAGGGACUUUGUGUUGAGCUACAUCUCCACUCCUUUUUCCGUUUUUAUUUCUUAUUUUGAGACAGGGUCUUGCUGAGUUAUCAAGUUACCCAAACUGGGGUGGAACUUGCAGUCUUCCUGCCUCAGCCUCCCAGAGUGCUGGGAGUCUAGGUGUGGGAAUGUUCUAGGUCCCAGCGCACUUCCAAAGGUGGAGUGUGUCAAGGCUUUAUUUCUGUGUUUCAUCCCUGUAUUGGAACGUAAUUCAGAAAAUGGUCUCACACAGAAUUAAACCUGUUUGUUAAUGUGGUAUUUUGGUGAGAAGGGAAUAAUUGUAAAUAUGUGUUGUAAACUUUCCUAAAUACAUACGAAUGUUCUGUGAGACUUGUAACAGUACUUUUGGCCAUGGCCCCAUGUUUGUUGGGGAAUAGCACUCAUCAGCACAGCUCGAGGACAACAGCAAACCCAGUUUCCAGAGUCCCUGCCGCCAUUCACAGAGCCAUUCACAGGCGAGCACCUCCGCCUGCACCGUGGGUGUCCGCCUGUGCCGUAGGUGUGGAGCUUGUUUUGUCACCUGCCAUGGGAACAGCAGCAGCUGACUCCACCUCUGUGGGCUCCCGAUUCUUCCCCGGGAAAACGAGCAUCGUGGAGCCCACCUCCUGUCACGCAAGACUAUGGUGAGCUCUGGAGAGGGAACACCCAGAAAGGCCCGUGCAGAGCCUGACAACCAGAAGGACUUUGCUGCUGGCCGCCGGUUGUGCCUAGGAAGGGUCCACACUGACCGCUCUGCCUAGAAUCUCUUCAUCCGAAAGUAGAGUGAUGCACAGCGGCUAAGGAGGCAGGGACUGCGUUUCAACCAGUGGACCUCACCGUCCAGGUUCAAGGCGACGUCAGUGUGGGCCGGUGUGUCCUGGAACUGUCCUCAGUAUGUAGAACUGAAUGUGAAAGCUACUUUGUGAAAGCAGGAUUUUCCACAGCCCUUUAAACAGCCUUUCUGUGAAAUGCCGCAGGCAUCAGAGCUUCAGGAAGCACCGGGUCCUUUCCAGCCAGUGACGUGCUUGCACCAUCCUGUGGCUCUGCCAGAAGACAGUGUUGAUGAGACCAGGCUCCCUCCCGCCGCCCAGCCUCUGCCUCCUGCAAGGGGCCCUCCCCCUCGGCAGAAAACCGGCUCUGGGGCUUCCCCCGAGGGAGCCGGGGGGUCCUUGUGAGAAAGCAGGGACAUCAUGCAUCCCUGGAAAUCCCUGGUGUAGCAUUCUAGCUCAUGCUCUCUCUCGUCAAAUUUAACAAACAUAAAAUUGUAUUACAAGUGCAAAUUUAGUACCACUUAAUGUCAAGAAUUUAAUACCAUAAAAAACGGUAUUCAUUUUAGUUUAUAUUUGUAAUGCUGAAGUUAUUCCAUAUAAAUAUCAAGUUACAGUCCAUUUUGAUUACAAGCUAUUUGACAUUGUUUUUUAAAAUCAUAUGGUAAAUAUAUAUUAAGAUUAAUGUGUCAAAAUUUAUUGCAUACUUUAAAGUAUAAAACCAUUUUUUAAAAAUCUUCCACAAAUAAAGUUCUAUUCUAAUUUUUAAGACAA